UUGGCUUUAGCUAAGCAAUAAAAUAAACUAAAAAUGAACUUUAUUAGGAUCAUAAUCUUCGCCGUCCUAAUAAUGGGCUUUUACUUGGGUAAAUCUGAGGCUAAUUUUUUACAGACAAUUAGGGAAAAAACUAAAAGCUUGGGCCAAGGUGGUGUUAAUAUAUUGCACGACGUUAAAGAAAAAACGGAGGACACAUUUCGAUACAUUAAAAACGCCACCCUUCAGGUUAUUGAAGUCGGACAGAAAGCCGCUGAUGUUGCAGCUACAGCCAGAGGUCAAAAAGGUUAACUUCAGAGUCAUAAUAUUAUGCACAAAAUAUUGAAAAACGAAGCGAAAGCUAAAUUAAAUUUGU